AUGAUUUUCAUUUGGAUUUUAUUCAUUGGUAUAACCAAUGUUAUGAGCGAAGAUUUCUACUCAUUUACAGUCAAAGAUUGGCAAGGAAACAAUGUUUCAUUAGAACAAUAUCGUGGAAAGGUCACAUUAGUUGUCAACAUGGUUGAUACGUUUUCUCUCCAUUAUGUUGCAAGUGAAUGUUCAUAUACAGAUUCGCAUUAUGAAGCACUUGUUGGUAUUCAAGAGAAACUGAAUAAAGGAAAUCGAAAUGUUUUUCAAGUACUCGCUUUUCCGAGUAAUCAAUUUGGAAAUCAAGAACCGAAUAGCGAUCGACAUAUUCAAGCUUGGGCAAAAGAUAUGUUUGAUAUUAAUUUUCCUAUCUUUGCCAAAGGUGCUGUUGUUAAAGAAGAAGUUGAGAAUGCAGAUGAAUUACCAGAUGUUUGGCGAUUUCUUAGUGAAAAAACUGAACCACCAAAUUGGAAUUUUUGGAAAUAUUUAAUUGAUCCGAAUGGAAAUGUUGUUCAAGCAUAUUCUCCACAGAUUAAUAUUCGUCAAGUUUAUCCUGAUAUAAAAAAAUUACUUUUCAAAUACAAUCUCAUCGAUAAAUCGGAAUUAUAA